CAGGUGAGGCCGUGAGCCCAGUGAUGAUGCCUCGUGUGGAGGACGGUAAAGCCGGAGGCUGCGGACAAGGCCGUGAGAAGUGGACUGGCCCCGACGGGAGCGGGCCUCGGAGGAAAUGGCCGAUUAAAACAGGCAGAGGGAGCGUGCUUGUUGUCGGUGACAGGGACAACGUGAAGGCCAGGUGGCAGGACGCGGAGGGAAGCCGAACUGCCCGACCUGAGAGGUUCUGUGAGGCAUGAGGAGGGGCCGAGAGGAGGAGUCUUGGGAACUGCACACCGUUUAGCCCUUUCGAGGGCUUUGGGUUCAGGGCAACGCACGUGAAAAGAUGAGGCUGGUAGCGUUACGACUUUUAAGUGAAGAGCCGGCGGCAGUGCUAGAUGGGAAGCUGGUGCCGGAACUCAGUGAUAAAAAGCCGGAAGUGGUGGGGGGAGAGGAAAAGGCCCUCCUCGGGGAGACAGGUGGGAGUUCCCGACCCGCGAGGAGCGUCGUGGGCCAGAGGAAUGCUGGCGUGAGCCUGGGCCGGGUCUGGCUUUGGGCUGUUUCCCGUCGCCGCCUGGUUUCCUGGUCUGUAAAAUUGGAAUAACAGCAGUACCUACCGUGGAAGGUUAUGGUGAAGAAUUUUUUUUAUAUCGAUAUUUACAAAAUGCGAGGUGCUGUAAGUGUUUUACAAAGAUGAACCCACUUAAGGGACUCCAUGGCUGCAGGUGACUACACAGUUGUAUACGGUUUUCGGUUAUGUACGUAUAUUCGUCAACACACACAGGUAGUCCCGACUCGGGAUUUUUCUACUCGGUAGUGGGAAAGGGGGUGUGCAUGCCAUGCAAACUGUACUGUGAAUUUUGAUCUUCUCCCGGACCAGCUCUGUGCCGUAGGAUUCCAUGCUUUUCGUGAGCUGGGCAGUGAGCCCCGCUCCCAGGCCGCCGCGCGAUCCCGAGAGUGAACAGCCGAUACUCUACACAUGUGGUCAUGUUAGAGGGCGGUGCCCACCUGGAGGCUGAGCUGUGCUGCUCUGCAGGUUGGGUGUAUUAAAGGCGGUUCGAUGUGCAGGAAUACAAGGGGCUUAUUGGGAAGCCCCCCGCCCAUCGUAAGUCCUGAAGCUGCUAUAGUAAGCACGUGUUGGCCGCUAUAAUAUUUUUUAUUAAUGAGCCAAAGGUUACUACAAGGUUUUGAGCCUGAAUGGCGAGGAGGUUUGUGUGUCUUAAAGUCAGAAAAAACAACAACAGAGGUUCAGGAAGCAAAGUAGGUUUGUUUUUCGACGUGUUAAACGUGAUGCUGCAAGGUGUUCCAAUGGGGGUGUCUAAUCAGUAUUGAGGGAUGUGGACAGGACUGGUAAUAGAGAUGAGUAGUCCCGUGGCGGAGGCAGUCUCUAUGACGUCUCCAAGGAAAGUACUGUGGGAAGAAUCGGGAGAUGGCCAAGGACCAUCACGAGGAACAACUACAGUUAGGGAAUCAGAUGAAUUGGGGAAGUGUUGAUAGAUGGCGUAGGUUAAGGGCAUUAUCACCACGUGAAUGUUAUCUUCCCUUGAUUUUUAACUGGUUUUACGGUGGUUACUUUGCUAAGAAAAAUGGGGCCAGUGAGUGGUUCCUGUGUUUUUUAAGUUGCGUGGGUGUUUGGGGGCUGGCUUUUCACUUUACCAUGUCAAGCGCAUGUGGGCUUGGCUUGUUACUUCCUUCACGUGUUGUCUCUUUUAUCCAUAACCAGUGUUUUCAGUGAAUUUGACUUAGUGUGGGAACUAUGACAUCUUUCAAAAACUGCCAAGUUGCUGUGCCAUUUUCUGUGCCAAGGGGAGGGGGCUACCCUGACUGUACUAGAACAGUAGAUCUCAAACCGAGGACCACAGCAGCACUGGGGAACUUGUUAGAAAUGGACAGUCUUGGGCCCCUCCCCAGACCUACUGAGUCAGAAAUGGGCCUUGGGGAGGGGAGGUGGCUCGGGUCCCUGCAAUCAGUUCUCCUGAGCCCCAGGUGAGCUGGGUACUUACAGCGAUUGAGAAUCACUGUGCUAGAAGGUGAGUGCUGCGAGGUCAGGGAGUUUGUUGACCUGUAUCUAGCAUCUACAGCAGUACCUGCCUAGUUAGUUAGUUUACAAUAAAUGUUCGUUGAUAAAUAUUUUCAAUCUCAGGCUCUCAGUCUCGGUGUAAAAACGUAAGAGGGUGAUUAAAUGGACAGAAGCUAAUUUAGUGACAUUGAGGCCAUAGAUCAGAUAUCUGUGAGAGGGGCAUGACAAUGUGAGCAGUUUGCAACUUGAUGAAUGAGGGAUGACAUGUUGAAUCAUGGAUGAGUAAAAAGCUGCCUCACCCGUGGUUUCAGAGCUAACAUGGGGCUCACCAAGCAGUACCUUCGCUAUGUUGCCAGUGCAGUCUUUGGCCUCAUUGGCAGCCAGAAAGGCAAUAUUGUCUUUGUGACACUUCGUGGGGAAAAAGGCCGCUACGUGGCAGUACCAGCCUGUGAGCAUGUUUUCAUCUGGGACUUGAGAAAAGGAGAGAAGAUCCUUAUCCUUCAGGGGCUUAAACAAGAAGUCACUUGCUUGUGCCCCUCCCCAGAUGGGCUGCACUUAGCUGUUGGUUAUGAGGAUGGGUCUAUUCGAAUCUUCAGUCUCCUGAGUGGGGAAGGAAAUGUAACCUUCAAUGGACACAAAGCAGCCAUCACUUCCUUGAAGUAUGAUCAGCUGGGAGGCAGGCUGGCAUCUGGGUCCAAGGACACAGAUAUUAUUGUGUGGGACGUGAUCAAUGAAAGUGGCCUCUACCGUCUAAAGGGGCACAAGGACGCCAUCACACAAGCAUUGUUCCUACGAGAAAAGAACCUGCUAGUCAGUAGUGGGAAAGAUACCGUGGUGAAAUGGUGGGACCUUGAUACCCAGCACUGCUUCAAAACGAUGGUUGGCCACCGAACUGAGGUGUGGGGGUUGGUUCUGGUGUCAGAAGAAAAGCGACUCAUCACGGGGGCUUCGGACAGUGAGCUGAGGGCCUGGGACAUAGCCUAUCUGCAAGAGAUUAAAGAUCUAGAAGAACCAGAGCCCAAGAAAAUCAAGGGGUCGUCCCCUGGAAUACAGGACACACAUGAAGCAGAGGAUGGUGCCCUCGAGGUGGACGAGGCUCCUGAGGAUCGCAUCCUUACCUGCAGAAAAGCUGGUUCCAUCCUGCGGGAAGGAAGGGACAGAGUCGUGAACCUCUCGACCGACAGGACAGGCAGGAUGCUUGCUUGCCAUGGAACUGAUUCUGUGCUGGAAGUGUUCUGCAUCCUCUCCAGAGAGGAGAUUCAGAAGAAAAUGGAUAAGAAGAUGAAGAAGGCCAGAAAGAAAGCCAGAUUAAACUCUGGCAAAGGGGAGGAGGAAGACCUUGAAGUCAGUGUUGAAAUGACUCUGCAAGAUGAAAUCCAGCGGGUGACAAACAUCAAAACAUCUGCCAAAAUCAAAUCCUUUGACCUGAUCCUCUCACCUCAAGGGGAGUUAAAGGCUGUCUUCCUGCUGCAGAACAACUUGGUGGAAUUAUAUUCACUGAACCCAUCAGCGCCUGCACCUCAGCCUGUGAGGACGAGCAGGGUCACCCUCGGGGGCCAUCGCAGUGACGUGCGGACUUUGUCCUUCAGCUCGGACAAUAUCGCUGUCCUUUCCGCGGCAGCCGACUCCAUUAAGAUUUGGAACAGGUCUACACUGCAGUGUAUCCGCACAAUGACCUGCGAAUAUGCGCUUUGCUCAUUCUUUGUACCUGGUGAUAGGCAGGUGGUCAUCGGAACAAAGACAGGACGGCUGCAGCUGUAUGACUUGGCCUCGGGGACGCUGCUGGAGACCGUGGAUGCCCAUGACGGCGCUCUGUGGUCCAUGUCUCUCUCUCCAGACCAGCGUGGCUUUGUGACAGGUGGUGCAGAUAAGUCUGUCAAGUUCUGGGACUUUGAGUUGGUGAAAGAUGAAAAUAGUACCCAGAAGAGGCUUUCUGUGAAGCAAACCCGAACCCUGCAGCUGGAUGAAGAAGUUCUGAGUGUCAGGUACUCACCCCAUCAGAACCUGUUGGCUGUGUCUUUGCUGGACUGCACUGUGAAGAUUUUCUAUGUCGACACCUUAAAGUUUUUUCUCUCACUGUAUGGACACAAACUGCCUGUUAUAUGCAUGGACAUCUCUUAUGACGGAGCACUGAUAGCAACCGGCUCUGCCGACAGGAAUGUGAAAAUCUGGGGUUUGGACUUCGGGGACUGCCACAAGUCUCUCUUUGCACACGACGACAGUGUGAUGUACCUACAGUUUGUCCCCAAGUCUCACCUCUUCUUCACCGCCGGGAAAGACCGGAAGAUAAAGCAGUGGGACGCGGACAACUUUGAGCACAUACAGACUCUGGAGGGGCACCACCAGGAGAUAUGGUGCUUGGCUGUAAGCCCCAAUGGAGACUAUGUCGUGUCAUCGUCCCAUGACAAGUCUCUGAGACUUUGGGAGAGAACAAGGGAGCCUCUUAUUCUUGAGGAGGAGAGGGAAAUGCAAAGGGAAGCAGAAUAUGAGGAGAGUGUGGCCAAAGAAGACCAGCCAGCAGUUCCAGGGGAGACUCAAGGAGAAAAUUACUUUACUGGAAAGAAAACUAUUGAAACAGUCAAAGCAGCUGAGAGGAUCAUGGAGGCUGUUGAACUAUACCGAGAAGAAACUGCAAAAAUGAAAGAACACAAAGCCAUUUGUAAAGCUGCAGGGAAAGAGGUUCCUCUCCCCACCAACCCCAUCCUGAUGGCUUACGGCAAUAUCUCUCCUUCAGCUUACGUGUUGGAGAUUUUUAAAGGAAUCAAGUCAAGUGAGCUGGAAGAGUCGCUGCUGGUGCUGCCUUUCUCCUACGUCCCGGACAUCCUGAGACUCUUCAAUGAGUUCAUCCAGCUGGGCUCUGACGUGGAACUUCUGUGUAGGUGCCUCUUCUUCCUCCUCAGGAUUCACUUUGGGCAGAUCACUAGCAACCAAAUGCUUGUGCCAGUGAUCGAAAAAUUGAAGGAAACAACUAUUUCAAAAGUCAGCCAAGUCCGGGAUGUUAUCGGCUUCAACCUGGCGGGUCUUAACUAUCUCAAGAGGGAGUGCGAGGCAAAAAGUGAAGUUAUGUUUUUCGCUGAUGCUACCAGCCACUUGGAAGAGAAGAAGAGGAAGAGGAAAAAGAGGGAGAAGCUGAUUUUAACACUGACCUAGAACUGAAAUAUGGUGCUUUUUCUACUUUUAAAAAGGACUUCUGAACUCAGCAGCAUUAGAGGCCAAGUCAGCUUACAAGGAGCCAAGUAAGAGCUUACCGUCUGCCGAGGAUCCCAGGAUGUGGCCCUGCUUUGCCUGUGGGCUCCAUUGCUUGGACUUGACCGAUGAGUCGUGGAAAUCUUUUCUGUGCCUCGAAGGUUGGGCCUUUCAGGAGUUGGUCCCCUUAUAAUCUAGCAGAAAGCAAAGAAAUUUUUUAACUAGGUGUGUGUUUCCCUAGAGUUAACAUUUCAAGAGUAUCUUAUUUCUGCCCUGGCAGAUUUGUGACCCUGCGUUCUCCGGCUGAGACAGGUGCACAGUUGAAUGUCCUCUGCCCACAAAUGCACGGUCAUGGAGAGCUGAAAGGACCAUGGAAAUGACCUAGAGCGGCCUCCUUAAACUAACUCUUACAGACUGUUUCUGUAUAUAGAAAUAUCCUACUUGCGAACUGCUUAUCCUUCUCAAUAAAUUAGUUGUUUCUAACUAAAGUGCAGUCGAGCUGAGACUCCUGGCUGGCUUCUGGGUGAUGAGUGCCCUGUAUGUAUAAUGUGUGUCUACAUGGCAGGGAGUUGGGACUGUUUUAGGAAAAGAAAUUGACAAAUGGCCUUUCAUCAGAGCUUUGACCUGGUUGAACUCUUGAGUCACAGAAGUAGAUUUUACGCUUUUUUUGGGGAAUGGGGAUUUCUCAUUGCCCUUAUUACUGACUGUUGGACUUAAACAGAUGCCUUAUGGAGCCUGCUUAGACAGGUGACUACAGGAAGAUCGCGACUGCUGCCAGCGGGUGCUGACAUCACGGGAGGCUGGGAUGGGUGUGGGUCUGUUUCUAGUGAGAGAAUUCUGAUUUCCCCUGGAGCCUGUACAUAACAAUGUUGGUCAUCUUACCUGUUCAACUUUGCAUUUUUAUUCAAAUUUUAUCUCUUUGAGAAACACACUGUCAUUUAUGUCAUGGCACUGUCCUUGCUGUACUCUAAUAUGUACAUGUCUAAAUAAGUUGUGUCAUUUACAUGUUUCAUCUUUAAAAAAAAUCAGAGAGGUUAUAUUUAUAUUUAUCUUCCCAGGGCUGGAAAGCAUGGGAAUUGCCCAGUUUUCUAACUUUCUACUAAAGGAAUAUGUCUAAGUAGAAAGUUCAUAACUACUUACAAAUAUAUUGUGUGUGUGUAUAUGUAUAGUGUGUAAGAGCUGCAUACUUAUUUUUAUAUCAGAAUGUUUUAUGAUGUAAUACUAAAUUAUAGGCAGAGGCCUUCCCCUGCAUUUGAAGAGCAGGUUUCCAUUUAUAUGUAUUUUGGAGGGAUAAAAAAUAAUGAAAUUUAUAAAAAUAGUGCCAUAAAGUUGCUUUGAUCAUUUAAAA